AUGAGCACAAAAACUGGAGCGAGGCCUCCAUCUUGUUUUCAAAGACAAAAAAUCAAGCACAAUGUAGAUACCAAAAUAGAUUUACCAUAUUACCAAGAAUUGCAGGAUUUUACUAAGGAUUUACCUAAAAUAGAAAUCGGACAUGCACGAAAACCUCCGCCACCAAUUGAAUUAACACCAGGUCCUGGUGACUAUGAUCCUCCACCAUCAGAAAAAGAUACAAGGAUUUCACAUAAAAUUGUCGAAACGCCAAGAUACCAAGAGCGAUCGAUUACCGCAGGAAUUGACUUUAUAAACAAUAGAGUAUUUCCACGUGUUCUUAAAACAUCUAUUGGUGUUCGCGAUGGAAAGCAUUUUUAUUCAUCAAAUGAAUUAAUGACUCCUAGUUACUUUACACAUAGUAGUUUCGAAAACAGACCAAUUACCAUUGGCAACAAGAUACCAAUAAAAGAUGAAACAGCAAGUCCGGGUCCUAAAUAUAAAAUUACAGCUGUUAAACCUCGAGCUCCAGCUUUUACUAUGUCAGGACCUAAACGAAGAACUCUUUGGAUGUAUCCUGAUGGCGAUAGCGACGCUCCACCUCCAGCAACUUAUGAUUUAGCUCCUCUUUCACAAGGUGUUGGUUAUACAAUCGGACAUAGAAGUAGAUGCGGAAAACAAAAGAAAUUUUCUCUAAUUCCAAUUGGAACUUUCAUUGCAAAAGUUGAUGCUUCAAUUCCUCAGCAAGAAGCCGAAGAAUUUAUUGCUCAACACAAAGAAGUCAGGGAAAUGAUAGAAUUCGCACUCAACUCUACACUCAAAGAAAAACCACAAAACGUCAAGCAAUUCUUAUUUGAUUUGUUUACUCAAUAUCAAGAGAAACACGGACUCAAAAAGAAGAAAUCAAAGUAUCUGUAA